AAUCGAUAUUUAAAUUUGAAAUACAAUGGGUAGGUAAAACAAAAAUGGUGUGACUUUCAAGUAAAUACUAGCAAUAUUACGAGAAUACAAAACAUGAAGCUAAACACUACGAGAUAUACGGUUAUUUUAACCAUUCAAACAAUUCUAAUACUCUUUGAUUGGUGCAUAAACAUAUUUUCGAUGUUUAACAGGGGUAGUAAUGCUAAAAUGCUAGUUAUGUUUAUAGCUCAAGAUGCCUGUCUUAUAUUAGCAUUAUCAAUUUUGUUGUUAACGUUUUUCUCGACGUAUGUCUUCCAGACUGGACUCGUAUAUUUACUCUAUGAAAGAUUUCGUGCUACUUUACUAGUUUGCAUGAUAUAUUUCAUACUCACUACUGUUGUUAAUGUCUGGUUACUGAUACAGCGGUGGAGUAACGCAAGACAAUCUUGGAAUAGCAUAUUCCUUCUCAUUUUCAUGGGUCAAAGAUUUAUGUCGGCCAUAUAUUAUUACUACUACAAGAGGGCUGCCUUAAGAAUAAGUGACCCCCGAUUUUAUGAAGACAUGGAUCUAGAAGAAAAAAGUAUUAAUUCGGUACAUAACUAAUAAAUAUUUUUAUCUUCCAGCAUAAUUUCAAAAUAUGUACGUCUAUGCUAAGCUUAUAGUACUUAAUAUAGAUCUGUAAUUUUUCUUAUGUGAUAAAUUAAAAUAUAGAUUUAAUGUAGAAUUCAAAUUGUUAAUCUUUAAAAUAUGUUCAUUUGAUUUAUGAAAUAA